GCCAUGUUGAAGACGGAAUUACUGCAAGAUUACGCAUGUUAUGUUGUUGGGAACGAGCCAGCGAUCAAAUCUUCCACUGGCGCAAAGAUGGCGCCCAUAGAAGGGCCUCCUGACCCAGGUGGCACGAAAAUCAACCUCUCUAUGCUGAUAGAUUUCCUUCUACAGAAGACUUAUCACGAUCUGACUGUGCUAUCGGAACUAUUACCAAGGAAAUCUGAUAUAGAAAGAAAAAUUGAAAUUGUACAGUUUGCUAGUCGAACUCGCCAACAGUUUGUUCGUCUUCUGGCAUUAGUGAAAUGGGCAGCAAGUGCAGACCGAGUGGACAAAUGCCAGGCCAUCUCAACAAUUUUGGACAAACAGUCUAUGCUGUUUGUGGACACUGCAGAUAUGCUGGCUAGAAUGUCCAGAGAAACUCUUGUAAAGGCAAGAUUACCGACUUUUUGUCUGCCGGCUGCUGUUGAUGUCCUUACUGGUGGAACCUACCCCAGACUCCCAACAUGCAUUAGGGACAAGAUUGUUCCUCCAGACCCUAUAACUGCUGUGGAAAAGACAAAAACACUACAGAGACUAAAUCAGGUCAUUCAACACAGAUUGGUGACUUCUGAACUUCCUCCUGAGAUGGGAGACAUGGCUAUUGCUGAUGGAAGAGUCAAGUUCAGAGUUGAACAUGAAUUUGAGGUGAUGUUGACUCUCAUGGGCGAUGAAGCUUCCAUUCCGUGGAGGGUUUUAUCCAUUGACUUCUUGGUUCAGGAUAUGGAAAGUGGAGAUGGGAAGUCACUUGUCCAUGCCCUUCAGGUCCAAUACAUUCAUCAACUUGUGCAAUCACGACUAUUUGCUGAAGAGAGUCCACUGGUUGAUUUGUACAAGUGUUUGCAUUCAUUUUGUCUUUCUCUUCAGUUGCAAGUUCUUCACUUUCAGGCUAAACAACUGAUAACUGAACGAUGGGGAGACAAUGUUCGAGUUGAAGAGUAUGCGGUUGGGAAGAAGCUUGUUAUUUCAUACUGGAGGUGAUAAUAAUUAUCUGUCAGUGAGCGUAUGAACCCAAAUGAUUCUGCAUGUGCUUGCAAUUUAAUGUUUUCCCUUGUUUCAUAUAUACAUUAUUUAGUAUAUUUAAAUUAUUACGGCACAUUAGGAGAAGGAAAGGUAAAAUUGAAACCCAACAUACAUGUACAUGUAUGCAUAACUAUGAUUUGAUUGAAACAUUUUGCAUUAAACACAGUAUCUGCACAUCUGUAGAGGGCAUGGUGCAAACUGAACUCACAUUUUGAACAGGUGGAUUACAUUGUCCAUUAAAAAAACACACUGUCAUUAUUCAGUGGAUCUGCAGUAUAAUUAUAAUUAUCCAUUCUUUAUUCAUUAUCCAUUCCCUCAGAAAACUGGGGCAAAGAGGGUAAUCAAGAGCAGGUUAAAGAAAAGGAAGGGCCUCCCUCUUGUUUCC